GACUGUGACUGCUUUGACUGCUUACUGUAAUAAACUGUGCACUGUGCUGUAAUUUAGUCAAUCUUCGGCGACUGUCUAAAAAUAUUUAAUUAUAACAACUGUACUAUUUUUGUAAUUUUAAGCCGUAAGGUAUUAAUUUUCAACUAUGUCGCUUUCGAAACCAUGUGAUGAUCAUGAUAAAAGCACUGCAGAUAAUUUGAAAACUUUAUGGGAUUAUUUCACAAAAUUAGAGAAAGGAAAUGAAGCGAAAUGUUUAUUGUGUUCAAGUAAGCUUAAAUAAGUAAAGGUUCUUACAAAGGUUUAAAAAUCCAUUUGAAAAAAAAACAUUGCAUCGAUAUAAGCUCUAAGAAUAGACAAUUAAAACGUCAUUACUCCGAUUUGGUUCCUAAAGCGUCCACAUCAAAAACUGAGAACGAGCCAAUGGAAAUUAUUUGUGGACAAAAUAUUAUACCCAAAAAAAACUUUUAAACCUAUUUACAGUUAUUUCAAAAAGGAAAGUAAUAUGGAAAUGGAACCCAUGGUGUCCAGAAUGGUGUGCAAAGAUGGUUUCGCGCUGAGUAUAUUUUGUACAUCUAAAGAUUUGAGAUUUUUAUUUUCAAAUACUGGAUUCGAACUCCCACAUUCGCCAAACACAAUUAGAUCUAUAGUAAAAAAUUUUGCAACCUCCGUGCAGUCUAACAUGAUGAUUGAGUUUGAAUCUCUCAAGAAACAAAAACACAAGUUUGCUUUAACAUUUGAUGAGUGGACAUCGCAAAAAAAUCACAGAUAUUUAAACCUGAAUGUACAUCUCAAAGAAACACACUUUAAUCUUGGCUUAAUUAGAAUUCACGGAUCAUGUACUGCGGAGCAUACUAUCAGUUUAGUAAAAGAUCGUCUUAAAAUAUUUGGACUUGACUUGGAUACUGAUAUUAUUGGCAUGACUACUGACGGUGCAAGCGUCAUGGUUAAAGCCGGCAAACUUCUUUCAUGUUACCAUCAACUGUGUUUUGCACACGGCAUUCAAUUGGCCGUCAUCAAAGUUUUGUACGAAAAGAAAUUGGAAAUCGAAACUGAAUCUACAACGGCAUCAUCUAUUACAUUACCUGAAGAUGGUGAAAGCACGGAUGACGAUGACGACGACAUUCUAAAUGAAGAAGAAGGAGCAGCAGAUAUGACAGUAAUAUUGAAUUUAAAUUAUCCUGGCAAUCGGGUUCAAAUAAAUCCUAGAUACAACGAUCUUCUUCAAAAAGUGCGGAAUGUGGUAAAGUUGUUCAAAAAAUCGCCUACCAAAUAUGAUACGUACCUCCAAAAGUAUGUAAAAGAAGAAAUAGGUAAGGAAUUAUGCCUUGUCUUAGAUUGCCGCACACGCUGGAACAGCCUUCUGGCUAUGGUCGAAAGAUUUUAUAAGCUUAAACAGUAUAUCGAAAAAUCUUUAAUUGACAUAAAAUCCAGUAUCAAAUUUACGGACCAUGAAUGGUCAUCAAUUAAAGGUUUAAUUGACAGUCUGCAGCCAUGUAAACUGGCUGUAGAAGCAUUAAGCAGACGAGAGUCUACCGUUCUGACUGCAGAUACAACCUUAAAAUUUAUUUUAGAACAAUUAAACAAACAAGGCACGACCUUCAGCGGCGAAUUAGCAGACACAUUACGUGAAAAAAUAAAACAACGCCGGACUUUUAUGACCGGUAUAUUAAUUUAUUUACAAAAUCCAGCAAAGUAUAAUGAAUAUUCAAAACAAUCUGAUGAUACAUUUUUCAUGCCAAAGAAAACUUUCAUGCGACAUAAAAUGACAGAAAUUUUAAAGAGACUUACAACAAAUGAUGAGGAAAAUGUAAAAACUUCGGAAGAAGAAGAUGGCAGCUCUGAUUCAGAUUCCGAAUUGGUGAAAACUAAUUUAACACUAAAAGAAGAAUUAGAAAAUAUUAGAAAUAUAUUAGAAAGAUUACAAAUACGGCAAGCAAACAAAUUACAAAACAGCCCUCGAUUUUGAAAAAAUAUUAAAAGGGAAAUGACAUGUUACGAAUUAGAUGGAAUAAAAGGAACGUAUUUAACCCUUCUAUAUAACUAUUUAUUGACCAUUAAGCCAACUAGUGUUAAGGCAGAAAGGGCCUUCUCGGCUGCAGGAUAUAUUUGUACUUCUUUAAGAGGUAGGUUAGGAGACGACACAAUUAAUACAAUAUGUUUCCUUCGUUCAUAUUUUCAAAUGCAAAAAUCAAAUUGACUUUUUUAAUUAUGUGUUUGUUUUUGUUUAUUAAUUAUAGUUAAAGUAUAAAAAGUUUAUGUUCUUAUGCAAAAAUUAAUGUUUUAUUUAUGUUUUUAUGUUUUAAAUCAUAUAUAAUACUUUACUUAGUGUAUCUUGCCAGUGCCAAUGGCAAUACCGCAAAUUGCAAAUAUAAUCAGGUAUACUGCUAAUCCGGUCGGAUCCGACCGGAUCCGGCCGGAUUAUCGUAAAUCCGACCGGAUCCGGCCGGAUUCGAAACCAUACCGGAUUGCAAUCCCUAGGCACGGUCCGUACCCUACAUACCUACAUAGAUUUAACUUAAAAGACAAUCAAUAUUGUGAAUGUGGAGAAAUAGGCACACCAGAACACAUAGUAUUUAUUUGUGAAAGACAAACAAAUACACAAGAACUACAAAGAAUGAGAAGAGACCUUGUUGGCAUAAAUAUAGAAAAAUAAUACAAAAUGAAGAAUUAUUUAAUACACUAAAUAAUUCAGCGGACAUAAUAUUAAAGAAACAAUUAGA